AUGUCUAGUAGUGGGGCUAGUGGCUCUGAUUCAUGCAAUGUUAGUGGUGAUGCUACAAAUGAAGAGGGUGAUUUCGGUUCUUAUCCUUUGUGGAAAUAUGUUGUUAAAGGGGACAAAAUGAGUGGGGGUGGGGGUAAUUAUACUUGGCAAUGCAACUUUUGCAAACAAAUAAAGAGUGGUUCAUAUACUAGAGUUAAAGCAAAUUUGGUGGGUGUUGCAAAAGGUGGAAUUAGUCAAUGUCCUAAUGUAACAAAUGAGGAUAGAAUGCAAAUGAGAAACUUAGAAAGACAAGUUGAGCAAUAUAAAGAAUCUAGACAACCAAAAAGACCACCACUUCCUAGUCAAUCGUUGUCUUCUGAAACUUCUCUUUCACCGACUUCAUAUGCCAAGAAAAGAAAAUCUGACAAUCCAAUCACCAAAGCUUUUGAUAUACAAGCUCGAAACAACUUGGAUGCUGAGAUACCAAGGAUGUUUUUUACUGGAGGAUUGCCUUUCAACCUUUGUCGAAACCCUUACUAUGUUAGUUCAUACAACUAUGCUGCCACAAAUAAUAUUCUUGGUUACAAGCCUCCUGGUUACAUUAAAAUGAGAACCACUUUGUUAGAUAGAGAGAAAGAAAAUGUUGAAAAGCUUUUAGAACCAACAAAGGCUACUUGGAGGGAAAAAGGGGUCGUUGAUUGCUCAGGAGAGGUAAAGGAUAAAGACAUUAUUGCUAGUUUGUUGAAUGAUGCCAUUGAAGAAGUUGGAGAUGACAAAUUUGUUAUACAAAUUCUCACUGAUAAUGCAAGCAAUUGCAAGGCCGCUGGAGAACUUAUAGAGGGUAGAUAUCCACAUAUAUUUUGGACACCAUGCAUUGUUCACACUCUUAACCUUGCUCUUAAAAACAUUUCUAAUGCUAAAAAUAUUUCAAACAAUGAGGAGGUUUAUGAUGAGUGUCAUUGGAUAACCGAAGUUCAUGGAGAUGCUUUAUUUGUCAAAAACUACAUAAUGAACCAUUCAAUGAGGUUAGCUAUAUUUAAUAAGUUUUCUCCAUUAAAGCAUCUUUCUGUUGGUGAUACUCGCUUCGCUUCAGUAGUUGUCAUGCUAAAGAGGAUGAAACUUCUUAAAACUACUCUUCAAUCCAUGGUUGUUAGUGAGGCUUGGUCUACAUAUCGUGAUGAUCAUCGUGGACAAGCUACACUUGUGAGGGAAAAGAUUCUAAAUGACGAUUGGUGGGACAACGUUGAAUACAUCCUUGAUUUUACUCGUCCCAUUUAUGACAUGAUAAGAGCAUGUGACACCGACAAAGCAUCACUUCAUCUAGUAUAUGAAAAUUGGGAUUCAAUGAUUUCAAAGGUGAAGGAGAUCAUAUAUAACCAUGAGCAUAAGCAAAGGCAUGAGUAUUCUUCUUUCUUUAGUGUGGUCGAAACAAUACUUCUUAGCCGUUGGAAGAAAAGCAACACUUCACUUCAUUGUUUGGCACAUUCUUUGAAUCCAAGGUAUUAUAGUGACACGUGGCUUAAAGAGGUCCCCGGUAGAGUUGCUCCACAUGUUGACAAUGAAAUUUCCACACAAAGAUUCAAUUGCUUUAGAAGAUUGUUUCAAGACUUGGAAGAUAGAAGAAAGGUUAAUAUGGAGUAUGCUAUUUUCUUGGCAAGAGAUGAUGGUGUAUUUACCGAACCGGAAUGCUUGAAUGAUAUGUACUUGAUGGCUCCAAAGCAUUGGUGGGCAACAUAUGGCUCACAAGUUCCGAUGCUUCAAGCAUUAGCAUUCAAGUUGUUAGGACAACCAUCAUCUUCCUCUUGUUGUGAGAGGAAUUGGAGCACAUAUAAAUUCAUUCAUUCAUGUACUAGAAACAAACUUGCACCAAAACGUGCUCAAGAUUUGGUGUACAUUCAUAACAAUCUUUGUUUGCUUUCAAGGAGAGGUGAGGCUUAUAACAAGGGGAUGUUGAAGGAGAUGACUUUGAAAUCUAGAAGAUUCUAUUUGUCUUGGCAUGGCGGAUCUUUCUCUUGA